AUGUUCACCCCUCCUAGAAGGAUUCGUCGAUGGGCCAUGUCCCCGUGGUCCAAGAGUUAUCCUCAGCAGAGUGAGCGGCUCACUGAGGGUGACUCUGAUCGUGCACUCGUUCUACCAGCUGCCAAACCUGUGCAACCUUUGGACACCCGUAUGGAUGCUGUCGUAGAGUCGGAGUGUGCUGCACCGGCGGUGAAAGCCUUCAAGAGUCUGAAAUCCGAAUCCUCUGGUGACGGUGUCAUCCUAGACCUCAGUGAUGAGAAGCUGCCGAAGGGUCGUAAGGAGCAGGCUCGACAGAAGCGGCUUCGAGAUCUGGUCCAGAAAGAUGCUGGAAACAAAGAGGUCAGACCGCGGCUCACCCAGAAAGAUUACAAUCAUAUGGUCCGCUGUGUGAAAGAUCACGACGACCUGGUGGCUGAUCGGCGGAAACUCCAAGAGCUUCAACCGAAGUUGGCGAAGGCUCAACAGACGAUUUUAAUCUUGGAGAAGGCCUUAGAAAAGUUGAGGCGCUGA